ACACUGAUGAGUACAUCUAAGAAAUAAACCAAAGGAAGUGUUAAUGUCUAAGAGGAAUUCCUAGGGCAUGAAGCCACGAAGACGACAUUAAUGCUAAUUUCAAAUUGAAGAAGCAAGUAUUGGUACAGAAUGUCAGACGCUCCAACCUUUUCAACCAGCAAAGAAGAGUUAAAGCCCUCAAACAUCAAGGCUGAGGCCUACACAUCACACAAGGCACUUGUGACCUCCUGCUGCCAGGUGGAAAAGACACAGACAAUUGAAACCCAACAAGAUAGAAACCUGCUCACCUCAAGCCACACGCCUGUGAGCAGGAGGCACAGCACAGACGGGACGGUACAAGGCCCAGUGGAGUCUCGCUUCCACCCAUAUUUGCGACAGCUCAGUGAAAGUGCAGUGACAAAUACAGUUUGUCUUCAGCGUGCCUCACCUCCCUUCAGUGGUCCUCAGCAGGUCGACAGCUCUCAAAUGUUCCGUCUUACACUUGGAUCAGACACCGAGGUGCAAACACAAUGGGAGCAACAUAACUACAAUGUUCAGUGUUCUUACUCUGAGCUACCAGUUGUGCCAGCUGAGACUCCUCAAUCCCAUUUUCAGUACUAUCCAUCCUACAUGUCAACCAGCCCGAGACAAGAGGAUGCAACAAGUCCGUAUGCUAGUGAGAAGCAUCUCUUGUCCCAAAUUCAUCAGAGGAACAACUUGCAGCCACUCUUCCCCAAGCCCAUUUACUCAUACAGCAUUCUCAUCUUCAUGGCUCUGAAAAACAGCGAAACAGGAAGCCUGCCUGUCAGUGAGAUCUACAGCUUCAUGACUGAAAACUUCCCCUAUUUUAAGACAGCCCCUGAUGGAUGGAAAAACUCUGUGCGACACAACCUCUCCUUGAACAAGAGCUUUGAGAAGUUGGAAGGCAAACACACUAACUCCUCCCGGAAAGGUUGUCUGUGGGCUCUCAAUCCGGCCAAGGUGGAGAAAAUGCAGGAGGAGCUGCACAAGUGGCGCCGUAAGGACCCCAUCAGUGUUCGCAGGAGCAUGGCAAGACCAGAAGACUUGGAUCACCUACUUGGACAGAUGCCCAAAAAGUUCAGGUCAACACCACCGUACACCAGAUCUGCCAGUGUUUGUGAUACUGUGGCGACUUCCUCUAGCCAAUCACCUAGCAGAGCUUGCCGACAUCCACAGUAUUCAUGCGCUCCUCCACUCUCACAGCAGUCCUGUUUGCUCUCCCUCAACAACACUCACUGCAGCGACUCAUUGGCCCUGUACACACCACGUGACCCGCAGUGCACAACUGACCUCCACUCUGAGAGCAUAAACUUCAUUGAGACUGGGAAGCUGCCACCGGUCUACAAUGUCACCCACCGGGAUGACUUUAGUGUUGGUCAACGGAACCUGCAGGACUUGCAUCUGGAGAAAGAUAUUUAUAAUGUCGAUCUACUCAACCCUAGCCUGAAUGAACUCCAUUUGAAAGGUAACCUGUGGGAGAAGUUGCAAGAAGACAACCUGGCAUUACAUCUGCAAACAGCAACCACUCCCACGUACAUCACAUCUGGCCGACAGGCAGACUAUGACUAUUACAGCUGUAUGGACACCAUACUGCCCCCCGGUGAGAACUCAACAGUUGCUUGCGCUGGGUCACUGUAAAGUUUGAGGACAUGUUAAGUGACCCAACCUUUAAGAAAUAUAUCUGUUGCCCUUCUACGCCAAAUGCUUGGUGCAGGUAAGCUACUUCAAGUGAAAGUGAAUCUGUUCAACUAUUCAACUAAUUAAAUUAUUAUUAUCAAAAGACACAAAAAAAUGUUUCUUUAUUAUUAUUAUUAUUAUUAAGUACAAACCAUUCAUAGUUUAAAAUGGACUUGUUGAAAAAACAAACCCCAAUUUCAAUUCAGUUUGGAGAUUGUGUAAAAUAUAAAUUAAAAUACAAUGGGUUGCAAAUUUUUGAAUCUACACUACUCAGACAAGAUAUUUGAUUUUCCAAGAGAUUUAAUUAAGGUUUGUACUUCAAUUCCAAAGUUUAGCUUUAGAAAAUAAAUUCAGAAUAUUACACUACUUCUUCAUUUGAAUUUAUAUUUCAAAUACUAAGGAAAUUAUUUGUUUAAUCUUGAUGAAAAUGAUAAACACAGUCCAAUAUAUUGCUCACUUUGCCUUCAUAAUAGUGUGAAGAAACAACCAUAAUGCCUAGUUGUGUUUUGAGGUAAUGAUGCAGUUUGCAUAGAGGACAGCAGCAAUGACACUUUGGUACAAUUUUUUCCACCAACACUAUUUGUGGGUGAAAAUGUAUUUUAAAUGUGGCAUGGC